GAAUUCUUUUUUCUCUGUCGCCUUGACAAAGUUAACCGGUUAUGGUGUUUUCCACGUGAAUAACGCUUGCUUCUGAGGAAGCUAUGCAUGCAUGCAUGUUAAUUAGAGGCAUGAACAUGCAUGCAUAGACUUCGCUUAUAAAUAGAGACAUUCAGUCGCUUCAAGAUGCAUCGAAAGUCUUGUGUUGUUUUUCCAUUUAGCUGUGAGUCACUAUAGGGAGCAAACUUUGCCAGAACUUUGAAAAGACUAAGCUUCACCUAUGGCUCGGAAUCAGUCAUUGGAGGCUGCGGUUGAAGGACUGAAGAGGUUUCUCAGCGAGAAAGACUCCAAUGAGGAGGUGGCUGAAAAAAUUGAGAAACUGACUACAGAAUUACGACGGAUAGAUAUUUCUGACCCAGCUGAAAUCAUUAAACGAGGGUUUCAUUACUUCAAGACCACCAACUUUGACCAGCAUAGAGAAUUUUACCGUGAGCUUGCCGAAAGACAGCAUCCUAAGUUUCUGGUAUUUGCAUGCUCAGACUCUCGAGUGAGCCCCUCUAUUAUCCUCAACUUCAGACCAGGAGAUGCCUUCAUGGUCCGCAACAUUGCUAACUUGGUUCCUGCAUUUGACCAGCUAAGAUAUUCUGGAGUUGGUGCAGUCAUUGAAUAUGCUGUCUCAGUACUUGAGGUACCAAAUAUCCUGAUCAUUGGACAUAGUCGCUGCGGUGGAAUACAGAGGCUUAUGACUCAUCCUGAGGAUGGUUCUACACCUUUUGAUUUCAUCGACGAGUGGGUCAAAAUCGGUAAACCUGCAAAGGCCAAGGUCCGAGCAACAUAUGGCAAUUUGCCAAUUGAGGAACAAUGUGCACAUUGUGAACGGGAGGCAGUGAAGCUGUCACUGAUUAACUUAUUGACUUAUCCAUAUGUCCGAACUGGGAUUGCAAACAAGAAACUGCGGUUAAUGGGUGGCUAUUAUGAUUUUGUUGAAGGAUCUUUUCAUGCCUGGAAUUUUGAGACUCACUUUUCACCUGCCGUCGACGUAUAAUGAGUCUCAGUUGUAUCAAAUUCUCAAGUUACUAUUUCCCUUGCAUUUUUACUUCCCAUGUGCACUGUAUUGUAUUGUAUUUGCAUUUCUAGGCAAUUUAUCCACUAAAUAAAACAGAGAAGCUCUUGGCGUGCUC